AAAUUUGUGCUUAUGGAAACUCAGCACAAUGGCAAGAAGCUCACAAGGAAUGAUAUAGAAGAUCCACACCUACCGUUACGACGAUAUCGUGAAAGAGCAGGGAAGAGAUGUAAUGGCCAUGAUCUUACAAGUUAUCCUUGAGGAAAGCAGUCAGAAGAGCAGUACCUAAGAGAAAUUAAAAGACAUUGGUAUUUACAGCAAACUUGACAAAAACGUUCGCCUGAAAAUAGAUGCAAGUCAACUAUUAGAUGAACAAGAUAUUACUUUUCUCUUCAGCAUUAUCUUCAAAUAUUUGAAAGUAAGACCUCUAGAUCCCAAACUAAUGGAUUUGUUAAGAGAGGUAAAGUUCCAAAGAAAUGAAGUUUCUCAUGAGUACCAUGAACUAAGUCAGAAUUAGAAACUAAAGUGGCUGCUUUACAUCAGCUUCUAGCAGAAGCCGUAAAUGAAGCAGAAAAACUUUAUCCUGGUGAUAGUGCUCGAAGCACAGAGUUUAACGACAUGAGACUGAAAAUGGACCAGUCCAUCAGUGAGAUCUUAGAAACAAAAGUGCGCGAAUCACUGGAUCCUUCUAAUCCUGAAGAUUAUAAGAUCCAGAGAGAAGAGCACAAGGAUUUCUGGAGUCAAAGUGAGGCAGAUAUCCAAUGUGAGGCAAAAGAUUCGCUUUUGAAGGACUGGUGGACAAGAUACCGAAUCAGUUUAAUGGGAUGGCUGGCACAAAGCCAGCUGACAAAGCCAAGUAAUAUUGCUGUGUCACUUAAAAUGGAAACAGAAAAGGUGUUGCACAACUUACUUCCUGUUUCUGAGGAAAUAAGUUUUAUUCAGAAUGACAUUAUCGGUCUCAAAGAUAAAAAAGGCAAUAAUCCAGAGGCUGUCCUCAUAUAGGUGAGGCUGGAAUGGGGAAGACCACUUUGCUCCGUCUGAUUGGAGAGAAGUGGACGGAAAGACAACAUGACUAUUUUCCUGGUCUUGACAGCUACUUAUUAGUAUUUUACUUUGAAUUUAGAGACAGGACCUCGAACACACUUGAAGACUUCCUCAAAGAAAGGCUACAACGUGUACUUACCAAGUAUGACCAAGACCUUGUUAAAUCUGCUGUGCUAAGUUCACGGUGCCUCUUCCUCUGUGAUGGUUUUGAUGAGAGGAAUCGUGAAUCUAUGGCAGUAUUUGAAGAAAUGUUGAGAAUAACAUCCAGUAAUGCUAAAUUCAUAGUGACAACGAGGCCCAUUAAUGCUUUAGAACUUGCAAAGCUAGUAAAUAAACAUAACAGGUUGAAAUUGAGUGCAAAAAUUGUAGGGAUUCCAGUAUCUUCAAUUGUUGAGAGCAUGAAAUUGAUGGCUGACCAAGCAGAGUGCGAUGGCGAUAAAAAACAAGAGAUUAUUAACGCAUAUCAGAGAAUGGUUCCUCAAACGAAAUACUUGAUGACCGUUCCUUUGUACAAUCAACUGAUUACUGCUCUGAUGACAGCAUGUCCCGGGAUCAAAGAAUCCUUGACUUCAGUAACUAGACUAUUUGUAGAAUUAAGGAAACACGAGAUGGAAAUAAUUGCUCAAAAGAUUGGAAAAAACUGUGUGGAUGAUGCAAUAAAGAACUUCAUGUCUUUCUAUAAUAUGAUCUCUCCCAUACACCAUCUUCAAGGUCAAUAUGAGCUUACAGUUGAGGUUGUCCAAAAGUUUAAGACAAAAUGUGAUGAAUUCAGCCUUCCUUUUGAAGACAUCAUGUCAACAUUGUUCACAACCAAGUUCUCACAGGCAUUUCUUACAGAGAAGAUAUUUUGCUACAAACAUCGCACUGAUCAAGAGUUUGGAGCUGCUUGUGCUAUCUGUGCUGUUCUUGAAAAUGAAGAAGGUCUUUAUGAGAAAAUCCAUCGAGGCAAUGAGAAGGAAAUCAUUAAGCGUUUCCUAUUAAGUUUUUGCCCUGAAGAGUCUCAGAAGUCCACAAUCAGCAAAGAAGACUGCAAAGGUCUCCGCAGACUUUUUACAUUUGUCACUGGCCUCCUUUCUAUAUCGAAUAAGGUCUGCAACUUCAUUAAGGAGAUACUGGAAAUGACACUCACUGAAGAGGAGGGAGAAUCUUUCAUUUUAGAUGACUUGCUUCAACAUUUGUCGGAGUCAGGUGUAAAUCCUGAUGUAGUAGAUGCAAUAUUAGAGGAGAUGAAGAGUCGGAAAAUUAAGAAGUGGACUUUACGUGAGGGAAAAACCCUGGAAUUUGCAGAAUUCCUAAUUCCCAAAAUGAAACCUGACCAUAUCUCAUUAGAGUUCAAUGUAGAUUCUUUGACAGUUCCUAAUGCCAGGGCGCUUCUAAGCAAAAUAUAUGAAGCAAGAAUACCUCUAUCACUAAGACAAUCAGAUUGGUUUACAGAAUCUGAAUGUGGGUGUGUUAGUGAACUUUUCUUGGAAGGAGCAACAUCUCUUGAAAUAUUGUGGGGUCUCCUGAGCAAGAAAGCAAUAUCCUUGCUAUCAGAGGAUAUACAAGAACUCGUUAUAAGGACAACUGACUUGGACACAUUAGAGCACUUCAACACCAGGCUCUCUUCCCUAAAUCAACUGAGGCAUCUAUGUCUCUAUGUAAAGUUCUCUGAAAUGCCUGACCAUGGAACACUUAGCUGUCCUCUUCAGUUCAGUGGACAGUUCUUUGGUGUUUUUGUUGACCUUAAUGGCUAUGUUGGAGGGGACGGCACCGCAAGAAAGGUUGCUGAGUUUAUUAACAGUCUCUUCUCGGAAAUUAGAGAAGCCUCCAUGCCCAAAAGAUUUUCAAAAUUUCCAAUGAAGUAUCUUCUUGGUCUACGAAAUAAACUUACAUCAAAGAGGCCUAGUCUAAACAGAUACAACUUAAUCUUCAUCAUCGCCUCUCGGUUUUCGGGCAAGGACGUCAUGGAGUUCAUUUCAUUGCUGGAAACGCAUUCAGUAACAUCCAUCUGCAUUCAUGAAACUCUCCCCAUUGACGAAGAGGAAAAGAAACUUAUCAAUGAGAAGAAUCAUAUCAAGGGCUUCAACGAACUCAUGCUCCCUGCAAUCGGCAAACCAUGACAGCGUACAUAGUGUGAGUCAUAAUGAGGCUUCCUUUUGCAUCCAGGAUCUGCCUUAGAUAUUGUGAUUUUACAGCAUCUUUUUGUCAACUACAGUUUUAGUAUUUGUCUUCUGUUGUUUAUGCUAAAUAUAUCGGUCGUACAGAGGCUUCACAUGCCGUUUGAAUGUCCCCAAACACAUUAUUCUGAUGAUGUCCUAUAGACAGAAGAAUCAGUAAUGCCCAUCUAAAUGCACCUAUAACCUAUUGCAAGGUAGUGUCAAUUCAUGCUGCCGAGGUGCUCUGCCCAGAUGCCGAAUUUAGUGGUGAAAACUGCCUUCGACAGCGAAGCUCAGAGCUUAGAGGGAUCCUUCUCAAAAUAGACAAAGAACAUAGCAAUGUAAAAAGAUAUUUUACAACCAUAUCUACAUGUUAUGGAUAUUAGUUGAUUUUACAACACCCAAGUAAGAUAUCUGAUCGUUCUUCACCCCCAACUUGAGACUGUUCAGAGUGCUAAUACAGCGCACUAGGUCAUCCAAAACGAGAUGACUUGCAGUGAUGCAAAGGAAAGUAAUGGGUGCCGUUAUUUUCACAAUGGAACGUAUGAACAUUCCAGACCCUCAAUAAGUUGAGCUGUUCAUGAUGCUAAAUAUGGCACUAGGUCACGAGAAGGGCUGGGAGAAAGUAUCCUUAAAUGAAUGAUAUACAUGAAUCAUACUACAAUACCUUCAAUUUAAUACAGGUAUGUGUGUAUACACACAUCCAUUCCAUAUCCUUACUGAAUGGUUGAUUUUU